CCAUCGUCAGAACAACAGUGUGUUUUUCUUGAGGAUUUUCCAGUCGCUAUAAGUAUGAAGAAGUUGCUCGCAUUGUUGCUUGCUGUCAUGGCGGCAACGUCCGCACAAAAGUUGAAUGUAACUUAUGUCACUGAGAAGCCAGAUACUGAGGCGUUUUUGAAAGUGCUGUACAACGAUUCUUACCCGCUGGAUCCAAUCAAAAUGGGCAAUUUCAAGAUUCCAGACCUCGAGGCGCUGGCCUAUGGCAAGUUUUUCCCUUGCUGGGGCAGGUGUACGGACGGCCGACGAAUGGGUUAUUGCAACUUCUGGUGGAACGGAUGUGGCAAGGGCAGGAGAAUCAAGAGCAACUGCGUAAACUGCGACCCUUAUUAUUGCAUUUGUUGCCAUUUUGGCUUCUUCUUCUAGAAAAAAUCUUAUAGCCCCGCAAAAGAUUUUGCAAAUGUUGCAAUAAAUUGAAAAACAAUUGUUCUUUUGUUUCUCAACCUUAAUCACCUACGCAUUUUCUUACUUUAGAGGAAAUUUUCGAACUCCUUGAAUUUAUGCAAUCGCCUGCGUUUUCUUGUUUUCUAAAGUGAUUUAGUUUGCGCGCAAAAAUAAAUAAUCAUCAUUAAUAAUUAUAAAAAAAAACGAAAUAUUAUUGAAAACUUAUUCUGGGUUGUUUUUGUAUUCAUAUAAAUGCCCACAACAUGAGAA